AAUGCGCAAAUGCUAGAGCUUGAGCGGCGGGAAGAGCAGGCGGUCCAGGAAAAAAAGAAUUUGGAAGCACUUGUGGAAAAAACACGACAGUUGUGCGAGGAAAGACUGGCGGAGCAAGCACUGGCAAGUGCAAGCGCGAUUGAAAGUACAGAGACAGACUUUGCAUUGAAGAUGGGGGAAAUGCGGCAAGCGCAAGCGGCAACUCUGCUGCAACAGCGAAGUGAGCUGGAACAGGCAAAAGCAGACAGCGAGAUUGCGUUGCGCCAACAGAUUGACUCGCUGUCCUCGGCUGCAGCGACAUUGAGCGCGCAGCUUGACGCCACAAAGACUGAGGUGGCGCAGCGCACCUUGGAGAACAACAACCUCAAGGCUGAGGUCGCAGAGCGGGAGCGGCAAGCGACUGACGCGAGCGACGAACUCGUACGGUUGCGCAAGCGAAAUACCGCGGUCGAUGAGGAGUUCUCCAAAUUGUUGGGGAAGCAUGACUUAGAGCUGCGCACCCGACAAUCGGAAUUCGGAGAACAGCUUGCGACGCGCGACAGGCAGCACGAGAUGGAGGUGCACAGCAUACGAGAGACGCAGACGGACUUGUCAGCACAGUUACAAGCAACACAAGCGCGCUUGGCCGCUGAUCGAGUGCGUUUGGGCGAAGAAGUUACAGCACUCGACACCGAGUGUCGAGCGGCGCUGAGUCGAGCGCGAGCGGAAGCCGUGCGGCUCGACGCGGAACUUGCGAGUGCGACGCACGAAGUGCUCUCUUUUCAGCUUCAACAAUCUUCCGAGGGUGAGGAAAGCAGCAAGACCACAGGAAAAAGAAAAGCAGGCUCGGCUUCUAGUCCGGAUACGUCUUUACGUCGACCAGAACAAAGUUUGGAGCUAGGUAUUAGCGAUCAAGGUUCAUCAUCGAAUUAUUUUACAGAACAGACGCCAGUUUUUCCGCUGACUGCCGAAAGUGUUAGUGCACUAAUCGCGCGCGAAACGGACCGCAUACGAGAUCUCGACGCAACGUUUCAAAGAGAAGCUGCAGAGGCGUCGGAAAAAGAGUCCAAGACCUUGGAUCAAUCACAGUCUUCACCAAAACAAAAAAUCGAAAGUAGAACUUCUUCACUGGUGAAAAAUGGAGCACUACAACAGCCUGAACAAAGUGACCUGAAUAGAACUCAGUUCGAGGAUUCAAAGCGGGAAAAAGAGCAGGACCUCGCAACUGCCAUGGCGGAGUUGGAAGCAAAGGCAGAAAAAGUUCAGCGAAAAAUCGCGCGUGAGGGGCGGUCGACAACUUUGACUCGCUUAGAACGCAAGUACGCGAAGCUUCUCAAACUAGCUAAAGAGGAACAAGCAAGUCUAGCGGAACAUAUCGUAUCAGAACAGAGAGAAGAGUUGGAAGCUGUUCCUGGACGUAAGUUUGCACCGAUUGACGAAGGAGAAACUGCAGAGGAUCAUGAAAGGUCUAAACCCCAGCCUAGUAUUAGAGGAGAUGCAGGUUUCGAUUCGGUGCAACAUAGGGUGGAGCAGGAGAUUGGCAUGGAUGAAGACCAUGAAGAUGUGUUGAAUUUUGAAAAGCGCAGUCUCUUCGUCGUAGAGGAGGAGGUCUACGUGGAGGAGGGCUUUGCGUCUGCGGAGGAUAUUUUACGAUCUCUGACCCGAAGCUACCACGCCCGUCGAACAAAGCAUGUGGCGCAACGGGAACGCCUUGAGAAACUGGCUGACUUGUUUGCAGCGCGUGAC